AUGCAACUUCUAUCAAAUUUGUGUUAUGCGAUUAAUGCUAGAAAGACACUUGAUAUUGGAACUUAUACUGGAUAUAGUGCAUUGUCUAUCGCGGAAGUAUUGCCAUCAGAUGGACAGGUAUUAACCAUGGAUACAACAGAUGAAUAUUUCAAAGACUAUUGUUUGCCAGCAUGGAAUAAGGCAGGUGUACAAUCGAAAGUUAAAUUCCAACUCGGUCCAGCUGUUGAGACUCUACAUUGCAUUACACGUCUUGAAAUCAUUUCAACUUACAUGACAAUUUCCGUCUAA